ACCCUCAGUUUGUGUCUUUAUCUUAACUUUUUGUCCUUGUUCCCUUCUGUUCCUUCUUCUAACUUUAUAGCUUCACUUCUUGUUAAUGUCUUCCUCUUCUUCUUCUUCUUCUUCCGAAGAUGGCAAUGGCAAUGGUGGUGGCAGCACUAGUGCAAGAAGAGGGGGUAAUUUUGAAGGGCCUUCAACUUCUCGCCAACGUGCUGUUAACGAGGUUUGGCCGGAGCAUUUUGUUGAAGCUCUAGCUGCCCAAGUCGCCAUUGACGCUUCUCACUCUAUUGGACGUCUUGCUGCGGCUCCUGCUCUCGCCAAUGUAUUUCAGGUUUGUACGACGUGGCGGGCUGUUUCUCGUUGGGAUGCCUUGUGGCACCGUCUUAGUCGUCGUAUAUGGGGUCGGACCCAGCUCCUUCACGACACAUGGCGUGAUGAGUUCGUAUAUUGGCAUCGGACGGCCCAAAACUUUCUGAGAGGAAGGUCAGCACAUGGUAUCCUAGCAUUUGAUGACGUGGACAAUCAGGAUGGCUACACGUGUCGUUGCAUGACUAUAUCAGACCGGCACUUGGCAUGUGGUUUUGCUGACGGGGCAGUGAGGGUGUUUGACCUUGCGACGCACAACCACGUGGUCACAUUGAGGCCCCACGAGCGCAACCGGCUAGGGCAAUUUGCGAGGGCAGUGUCAGGCAUAGUCAUCAACGGUGCCACGUUGGCAUUUGCCACGUUGGAUGGGGAUAUAUACGUGGCAAUAAUAAAUGGGGGUGGGGGUGUAAUUAGAAUGGCACAUGAGGGGGAUGUGGUGAACGAUGGGGCAUUAGUGGACUUUACGGGGUGUGGUAGUGGGAGAUGGUGGGUGGGGCUUUACGCAGGCGCACCCAACCGGGCCUACCACAUAUGGGACAGUGUAACAGAAGAGCUUGUGUAUGUGAAUGGGUCAUUGACUAACCCAGAAUCAUUAAUGGGCUGGCGCUUGUUAAUCAAUGAGGUGACUGAGUUCGUUGGGCGAGUAAGAGUAGUGACGGCAAUUAUAAGUGAAGAGGAAGUCGAAGACGAAGAUCAUCAAUUGGCUGUGGCUGUGGCUGUGGCAUGCACCAGUUCAAGGCUCAUUGUAUUCGACUUGAGGAACCCAGAUGUGAUUUUGGGUGAGGAAGAAAGUAAUAAUAGAGGAUUCAUUGUAACCUCGGUUGAUGUUAGCAAUGAUGCGAGGUACAUUAGGGUGGAUAACCAUGGUCACGCUAGUGUGUGCCGGGUAGGUACACUAGAGGAAGUGUGUAGGUUUAACAUUGGUGGGGGUGGAAGACCUGGUUCACAAAGGCGUGUGAUGGGGUGUAUGAACUUGGGGUACGCGCUAAUGUGCGCAGGGGGUGUGAUAACGGUGUGGGAGGUUGAGCAUGGUAGGCGUCUGUACCAUUUUAGGGAGAGAAUUGGAGAGGUUAAUGCUGUCGUUGCAAAUGAGAGAUAUGUGGCAGCAGCAGCAGCAACAAGUGACAGGAUAAUACACUUGUGGGAUUUUGGGGCAGAUCAGUAGAUCAGCUAUAGCUACUACCUACUACUAGCAAAGCUAAUAAGCUAAAGCUAGUUAAGAGUAUGGUAGUAGUGGGGUAGUUGUAGAGUAGGAUAUGACUCUAUAUAUAGGCAUAUGGUGGCAUGGGCCUAUAAAAGGAAAAAAAAAAAAAAAAAAAAGAAGUAGAAAGUACUAAAAAUCUAGACUAGAUUAUGAUUAUUGAUUUUGAAGGUGACAAAUGACAAUUAAAGAUCUGGGUGAGGUUAGCAUGGACUAAGAAAAGGAGUGUUUUUUUGGUUUUGCUGAAGAGUAAGAACAGGAGUUUGUACUUUGUGCAAACUGACAUAUGAGAGAAAAUUGUACUUUGGAAUUAAUGGUGAUUGCUAUUGAUAGUGACGGGGGUAAGGUAAGUGAAAGACUUAUUUGCAUUUUUACAUACGAGGGAGAGAGAAAAAGUGGGAUACGCUGUUUUGGGGACUUACUUUAAAAUUAAAGGUUCAAAUGGUGGUAUUUGACCCUAGACCACCAAAAAGGCCUUCUCCCUUCUUUAAUUUUUCCUACUUUGAACUCUCUCUUCUUGUUUAAUUUAAUGCUCCGAUGUAAUUCUCUUUCUUUCUUUGCACUUUCUAAUUUGUAUGACUUAUUAUUUAUGUUUGAAUAUUCUUUUUUAUAAUUUAUUGACAAAAUGCCAAGUUAUUUUAGUAGGUUA